AUGUCGAGUUCCAUCGGCAAAUUCUUUGCCCUGGAUAAAGUUGUUACGUUCUUUAACAUUAUUAAGCAAAAUGGAGGCAUUCGUGGGUCCUUGUGGAAGCUUUACAGGCAAGAUGAGCUGAAAGAUGGCACUCUUGUAGGUGAAGAUAAAUUUGGCAAUAAAUACUAUGAGAACCCUCGCUACUUCUACAGUAGAAAUCGUUGGGUGGAAUAUGCUGACAAUUUUCACAUGAACUAUGAUGGUAGUCAGGUCCCCGCUGAGUGGUUUGGAUGGCUGCAUUACAAAACUGAUCUUCCUCCUCAUCAGGAUCCCAGCAGACCUAAAUACAAAUGGAUGGCAGAAUUUACAGAAAAUAUGUCCGGGACAACUGGGCAGUACGUCCCAUACAGUACCACCACACCUAAAGUUGAAGCAUGGAUGCCAAAACCUAAAAGCAGUGCU